CGUUUUAUCAAAUUGGAUCGCAUCGCAACACUGCAUCAGUCGAUUAGUGAGUUUGUGAAAGAGAAAAAUUCGGAUUUUAUUACAUCUUUAUACCGGUAUCCUGUUUGAUAUUGUAUUUGUAAAGUAGAUCAUAAUUCUCAUAAACAUGCUUUAUAUUUGCACAGACCUCAUGUGAAUUUUAUACAGCAAUGUACUCAGGUAGCGAAUCUACUGAUUCUCAAAAAUAUACAAAAUGGGCAAUGAAUCCUGCUGCCUAUCAAAAUGCUUCCAACGACCAGGUCGAUUGGGCUGCUUUGGCUCAGCAAUGGAUCAUUAUGAAGGAGGCUGGGCCCCCUCCUAUACCAGGGGACCGCAAGUCAGAAAGGCAAAAACCGCAAGACCCUGAACCUCAAGAGGGAGGAGAAGCAGAAAUGGAAGUAGAAACAGAAAAAGAUGACUCAACCAGUUGGAAUCCCUCACCAGAAGCCCCUCCAGCCCCAGGGGCUGAAGCUUGGACAAAUUGGAAUCCUCAAAGUGGACCCAACUGGUACUCAACAAACAGUUGGAACCCACCUGCACCAACUGCUGUACCUCCUCCUCCUAUUCUGUCUGCUCCAUUAGCUCCCAUAAAGACCCCAUUGUUACCUACACCAACUACUGGCUUUACAGGACCACCUUCAGAUGCUGCUAAUGACAAUGCUAUCCCAUAUGGAAGUUAUAAUAGUGCUGUACCUCCCCCCACUAAAUUUAACAAUACACAACCAGCCUUUUGGACUGGCAUGGCUAUGGGUAAAAUUACUCAUGCUGAAAUCAAACCACAUAAUAAAAGAUACAGCAAGGUACAAGUUAAUGUACCCACAAAGGUGACAAUAAUCUCCCCAGCGCCAGGGACUCCAGUAGCACCACUGGCAGCAUCUACAGCAACCACAGAGGCUGAAACUGCCCCAAGUCUUCCAACAUUAGAUGCUAAUAAAAGAAAACAGUUGCCUGCUUGGAUAAGAGAAGGAUUGGAAAAAAUGGAAAAAGAUAAGCUAAAGCAAAUUGAACGCGAAAAAGAAAAGAUAGCAAUGGAUGAGCUGACUGAGAAACUAAAAGUACAAGAGCAAGAAAAAAUGGAAAUUCUUAAAACUACCAUUAAAGAAAAAAACAUUUUGAAUUUAAAAAAGAGUCGUUUUGACAGUGAUAAUGAGAAUAUUUCUGGAGUAGAGGAAGAGGAGGAGGAUGAAGAGGAAGUGACGAUAAAGAAGAAAACAACUUCACCUCCUGCGAUACCUCUUACUCAAGAUGAGUUGAUUUUACAUGUGCGUAAAUCCAUGACUGAGAUUCUUCUAACAGUGACGAACAGUAUGAUUAAAGACGUAUGCAAAGAGGAACGUCAACGGUUUAUGACAAAACGCAGAGCAUCGGAUCAGCUAGGAUCUGCACCCAGUGGUGCCAUGAUAAGUCAUAAACUUGAAGCCUUAGGAUUAUCACAGCAACAUGCCUUAGGUUUGGGUGCUUAUGGGGAGGAGUCUUCAACCGGCGACGAUACCGACCAAGAAGAUCAAAGAGUCAAUCAGUCUGAGUCCGACUCCAGGCUUAGAGAAUCCAUAAGAAGGCGUCAAGUCGCCUUUACCAAAACCGAGAGAGAGAUCGAAGACCGUCUAGCCGAAGUUGAGAAGACUAAAAGGGGAAGAAGUCUUAGCGGUAGUUCCCGUUCUUCCAGCCGGGAAUCGAAAGAUAAAGAAUCACAGGUAGAGGCAAACUCUCAAGAAACACGCACAAAAUCGUCAAGUCAUAAACCGAGCCCCAAACGAAAAGUUAGCAUGGAAAACCGAAGUUCGACCGACAGCUCGUCGAAAACUGGCAAUUCUCGACGUAGAUCACGGAGCUCAAGUAGUUCGGAAUCUCGAAGAAAAUCGAAUAAUUCAAGCCGAUCGAGAAGUGAUUCUCGGUCACGCAGAUCGUAUUCGAAAUCGUCGAAACGCAGGUCAAGAUCCGUGAGUACUAAUCGAAGUUCCAAAAGGGCGCGAUCAAUUGAAAGUUAUAGAAGAGAUAAACGAGAGGAUAGCUAUGAAGCAUCAAGAAAAAGGAGCAGACGGUCCAGAUCAGAUUCCUAUUACUCGAAACGUUCGCGACGUUCUAGAUCACGUUCGCGAUCUUCAUACUCCUCACGUAAAUCCUCAAAACGUUACCGUCAGUCCUCACGGCGGUCCAGAACGCGUAGCAGAUCCCGCGAAAGAAAAUACUCAUCGUCAAAGCGAAGCUCGCGUAAAAAUUCGCGCAGAACCCGAUCAAAGUCUUAUGACAGUUUAAGAAGGAGAUCGAGAUCACGAAGCAAAUCUCGUAAGAAGUCGUCCAGGUCGCGACGUUCCUCCUCAAAAUCCUCAAGACGGAGAAGGUCGUCCAGGUCAUCCUCCAGGGGUAAGAGGUCGCACAGAAGAUGAAAGUAUUCGACAAUCGCAGGAUACGCACGAAAAAAGAAAGAGGCAAUUAGGUCUUCAUGAUGGUGAUAAUAUAAGUAAUUCGUAUUAUAUAUAGUUAACAAGGUAUAAAAAGUAAUAAUUUGUUUUGACUAAUUCAAUCUCCAAUGUCGUUUGGUCAGUCAAGCCACUUUUUUGCAAUAAUUGCAAGCAGUUUAUUGAUAUAACACUAUUAUGUAUAUAAUUGUUGCCUACUACUAUAUAAUUUAAUUCUUUAUUUAAUUAACAUUGUAUGAAUUAAAAUGAUCGUGCUGAAAUAUAAUUUUUUUUUUGUUGUA